UCAAAGAUUAGAAAAAAAAGAAAAGACGAAACUGUUUCUUGUCUAUGGAAAUGUUGCUACGUCUUGUUGCGAAGUGUUCUAACUUAGUCUAUUGACCUAUUCUAAUGCAUAGGAGAAAUGCCACCGUUAUUUAAGAGAAUUGAUAGUUUGCCAUCUUCUCAUGUGAUUCUUUAUUGCGCAUUUCGAUUAGGUUCAGAAUAGAUGCAAGUCAAUGUAAACACAUGCUGAACCCUAAGUAUCAAAGAAAUAGAUAUAAAGAGAACAAGUCUACAUGAAGCUUAUUAAAGACGAUGAUCUGAUAGCAGCAUCCUUGUAACAAUGCCAAACAAAAUCAACGUUGACGAAGAUUACUUCUUGCUUGAUGCAGUCAAGUCGGGGAAGGAAGACCAAGUUCGUAACAUUUUAGGAAAUGGUUGCUAUAGAAACCGAGAUUACAAAGAUGGCACUGGGAAAACAGCUGUGCAUUGGGCAACGGAAUACGGAUAUAUCAAAAUCGCUUAUCUUCUCAUAGAUUCAGACUGGAAUGUGAAUUUGACCGACGAAAAAUGUCAAACACCCUUACAUAUUGCCUGCAAUCAUCGUCGAUCAGAAAUUGCCAUGGCUUUAUUAAUUGCCGGAUGUGACGUCAAUGUGUCGGAUGAUUCUGGCAAUACACCGUUACAGCGUGCAAUACACAACAAUUUAGACACAGUUGUAUACAUGCUGUGUGAAAAAGGUGCAUUUAUUAAUACUAGAAAUAAGAAUAAUUGGACACCUUUACACGAAGCCGUCAGAGUUGGCAACGAACAAAUUGUUGACAAACUUAUAAACAGUGAAGCAGAUGUGAAUGCAGUAACGGCAUACAAAGCAACACCCUUUUCGACUGCGAUAUUCUAUUAUCGAAUUGCUCAAAGAAAUACAUAUCCUUCUGUAGAUAGUGUUCUACAGAAGCUCAUACACAAUGGGUGUAGGCUCAGUCAGUGUGAUGGACAAUGGUCGCCAUUGUUGUCCGCCAUUUCAAUAUGUAACAGUCACAUAGCGGGAAUGCUGCUUUGGCAUGGCUGUCUCAUAGAUACAAGUAUGCAGUACAGUAGAAACUUACUCGUUGACGCUUUCGCCCGGUGUGAACCUGCUGCAGUGAAACUUUUGGUGCUCUGUGGUUAUAAUCUAACAUUUCCGGAAGUGGAACAAUGCCAUCGACGAAUUCCAACAUUUUCCAGAUCGUUUCGCAGACUUGUGGCUUCUGAUAUGAAAAAUGGAACACACGGCGUACAAAUUAUGGUUUGGUUACGUGAGCGAGCAGAAAAUGCGCUAACACUAUCUGAAAUUUGUCGUAUAUCAAUACGCAAAUCCUUAAACCAUGGUGCUGGUGACACAUCAAUACUCAAAAACAUUGACCAUCUUCCUCUUCCAAAAUGUAUGAAAAAGUUCAUCAGAAUGGAAGAAUUCGAACAUGCAUUCUAAGUAUCACUUUCGUUUUAAGUGUGCAAUAUUUUACAAACCUAUUUAUUUUUAACCCACUGCCAAAUAUUGAUUUACAAUAAAUUAUUUUGAUCAUA